UCAGAAUCAGUGGUCGCCACCGUCUCGCCCGGGUGAGGGAAAGAAAAAGAGAGAAAGAGUGAAUAGUUCCCGUGGAGCGAAGAGAAAUAGAAUCGGCUGCGCGCAGGAGUAAUAAAGGACGACGGACUCGGCACGACGAAUGAAAAAGACGGACGAAAAGAGGGAGCAAGAGAAUAUACAGCGAGAGACACGGAGACGGAGGUGCUCGCACACGGGGCGGGCCUGCCAGUCUCAACCACUUCGUGGAGUACACUUUUUAUUCUGUAUUCGAGCACGCAGCCACUCUCAAUUGUUGGCUGUUUGCACCUACACAAUCGAAGAGACCCGUGACUCGCCCGAUGCAGAGUGGAGGCUGUUGGACCGCGUGGUCUCGCCAGACUUUACUGCCAGCCAGUCACCGCACCGUGAGUGAGGAUUGUUGAUGUUGUUGUUGUUGAUCGAUCCCCCCCGGCUUGCCGGCUGUCAAAGUCACCGGAAACGCUGAAAUCGCGGUCGAGACAGUGUGCCCGAACCGGAGACGAGUUUUGAAAAUCUCAGGGUGUCAGUGACAGUGGUGGAAGAGCAGUGCUGGUGGAAGAUACCAAGGAAACGGGUGUGCGAGGAAAGAGGGUUGUUAUGGGGCGAAGUUGUCCACUGCUGGUACUCUUGCCGCUGCAUUUGCUGACUCUACUCGGCUUCCUCGCGGCGGCUGAUGCUCUCAACAUUGACAGCGAGCCUGGUAAUUUAAAGCGAUUUCGAUGCGCAAACGAUAAAUACAUACCAAUCUCGUGGGUCUGCGACAAACAAGACGACUGCCAUGACAAUUCCGAUGAAACCGAGAAGGAAUGCAAAGGUAUAAAAACGUGCACCGAGACCGAGUUCAAGUGCACGAACGGCAGGUGCAUACCCAGGACGUGGCACUGCGACGGGGAACACGACUGCAGCGAUGGCUCCGACGAGAAUCCCACCGCUUGCCGGAUCAAGAAUUGCACGGCGGAACAGUUCACCUGUCACUCGGGGAACGGCGAGUGUGUGACACUGUCAUGGAUGUGCGACGGCAACCAGGACUGCUCGGACGGCUCAGACGAGGCUGAGUGCAGGAUCAAGAAUUGCACGGCGGAACAGUUCACCUGUCACUCGGGGAACGGCGAGUGUGUGACACUGUCAUGGAUGUGCGACGGCAACCAGGACUGCUCGGACGGCUCAGACGAGGCUGAGUGCAACGACACCUGUCGAUCCGACGAGUUCACGUGCACCAAUAAGCAUUGCAUCCCGCAGUACUGGGUCUGCGACAACGACGACGACUGCGCGGAUAACAGCGACGAGAAGGACUGCAAGCCGAUCACCUGUAAUCGCAGAACUGAAUUCGCCUGUUCCGAGCAUCAUUGCAUUACGUCGCGAUGGAGGUGCGACGGAGACGUCGAUUGUCCGAAUCGAGCCGAUGAGAUUGGAUGCGAGAAUCUCAAACGCGAUCACGCUAAUUGCGACGCGAAGGAAUUUGCCUGCGGCGAUGAUAUCACGUGCAUACAUUUAGAUUGGUUGUGCGACGGGAAGACGGAUUGUCCGAACGGUGCAGACGAAUCGCCGGAGCGGUGCCACAAUAUCACCUGUAGACGUGAUCAGUUUCAAUGCGAAGAUCGUCACACAUGCAUUUCGGGUCACCUGUACUGCAACGGCAACGCGGAGUGCCCGGAUGGAAGCGACGAGAAGAAUUGCACAAGCAGAACAGCCGCCUGCGAUCCUUUGACCCAGUUCGAAUGCAGCGAGGGCUCCUGUAUACCUAUUAGCAAGGUGUGCGAUAAAAAUCGGGAUUGCAUCGGCUGGGAAGACGAGAGCCACGAUCUUUGCGGUGUAAACGAAUGUCUGACCAACAACGGUGGAUGCUCUCAAAUUUGCAUCGACUUGCCUAUUGGUUUUCGAUGUGGCUGCAAUCCUGGCUAUAGAUUAAUUGAUAAUCAAACAUGCGACGACAUAAACGAAUGUCUGGAGCCAGGCAGCUGUUCCCAAUUCUGUAUGAACCAGAAGGGCGGCUUCAAAUGCAUUUGCGCCGUGGGUUACCUCAGGGACCCACGAAAUCACACUCGUUGCAAAGCAGCAGAAGGCCACGCGAGCCUCCUUUUCACCAGGCGACACGACAUCAGGAAAGUAGCAUUAGAUCGGCAAGAGAUGACUGAAAUAGUAAACAACACGAAGAUGGCGGCAGCCUUAGACUUCGUAUUCCGUACGGGUAUGAUCUUCUGGAGCGACAUGAGCGAAAAGAAGAUAUACAAAGCUCCGAUUGACGAAGGAAACGAGCGUACGGUCGUCAUCGAUGAUGGUUUAACAACGUCCGACGGGCUGGCUGUCGACUGGAUUUACAGUCACAUCUAUUGGACCGAUUCUGAGAAGAAUACUAUAGAACUGGCCAAUUUCGAAGGUAACAUGAGGAAGACUCUCAUACAGGAUCGCAUACAAGAACCGAGAGCGAUUGCUCUGAACCCGUUGGAAGGGUGGAUGUUCUGGACCGAUUGGAGCGACGAAGCUCGCAUUGAGAAAGCUGGCAUGGAUGGUUCCCAUCGAACGGUAAUUGUAGACAACGACGUGACAUGGCCGAACGGUCUGACUCUGGAUUUAGUAGGCAAGAAGGUCUACUGGGUGGAUGCUAAAUUGUACAUAAUUGGUUCGUGUAAUUACGACGGUUCUGGCAAGCGAACGGUUCUCUAUUCUCCCGUCUUCCUGAGGCAUCCGUUCAGCAUCACGACGUUCGAAGAUUACGUCUAUUGGACUGAUUGGGACAAGGACACGAUAUACAAAGCAAACAAGUUCACCGGCAAAGAGGUCGAAGCCGUGACGUCCGUUCGCACUUUGCAGCACCCCAUGGUGGUUCACGUGUACCAUCCGUAUAGACAACCGGACGGGAUGAACCAGUGUCAAGCUGUGAACGGACACUGCAGCCACCUUUGUCUCCCUGCACCGAGAAUCAAUUCGAAAUCACCUCUACUUAGUUGCGCCUGUCCGGACGGUCUAAAGUUAAUGCCCGACGGUUUGAUGUGCGUGGAAAAAGUAACCACAACUGUAGCGCCCACCACGCAAGAAAGUAGUAUGCCGUUCAAGAGACUUGAAAUGUUCAACUUUACCACCACCACUGUUCAUCCACCACCGCCAGUUGAUACAGAAGGAAAAGGUAGUCUUGCAACCGAAUCAACGGAUGCUGGUUUGGUAGCUGGUAUAGCGAUAGGCGUUGCAUCGUUUGUACUGUUGCUGCUCGCGUUGGUCGCAGUAUUAUGUUACAGGCAUUAUCUUCACCGUAAUGUUACAAGUAUGAAUUUCGACAAUCCUGUGUAUAGGAAAACCACCGAGGAUCAAUUCAGUCUUGAGAAAAACAGGUUUCCACUCCCCACUGCUCCCGUUGGAGAAGAGGCUCAGGAACCUUUAACGAGUCCUGGAACUAAUGAUUACGUUUAAGACUCACUCUGUCAAUGAAACGGGCUUAGCAGGCUGUUAAAACAAUAUCGACCAAGUAACGGAAAGAAUGGAAGAACGAAAAUUAUGUAUAAAAGACGAUGAAGCACACUGAUAACUCAAGCGAGCCUGUCCAAUAGUACACCUGCAUUUGCCCGCCUGCCUGCCAACUCAGCUGUGAUUAUGUUUACUUUUUUGUUUUUGUACUGUGCCUAUUUGUUUACAAAUUAAGCAUCAUGUCAUUAUAUGCGUGCUAACGCGCGUGCAACAUUUAGAUUUGCUCCAAGGCAUAAAGGGAGAAAUGUCUAGGUGAACUGUAAUUGUUGCCAAAUAAGCGUGUCUAAGCUCGCGUGUUUCGAAGUAGUUCAAUAAGGUACCAGAAAUUCCUACUUUGUAACGUUCUCUUCUCAGUUUUACAUGCGUAACGUGUAAUAUAUAGUACUAUUUCACACAUACACACACACACUAAUGUGGAGUCGCACGUCGCAUCUACGUUUAAAUUUAUAUAAAUAUAUAUAUAUAUAAAAGAAUACAUAGAAUAUUUUUAUCUACAUUGUAAGAUCUUUAACUUGUUAUUGUUUCACUAUUUAUUCUGUAAGAGUAUACGUUCUUAAGCAUAACUUUCAGUUACAUACAUAGAUAUAUUGUUGCAUUAUUGAAAUCACAUGUAUAUAACACACAAAUUCAAAAUAUAUCAUAGAGAUAAUUUUAAAAAUCAUUAAUAACGCUAUUGCAUUAGUAAUACUUAUUGAAAAACUUUUGUCGUAUAGUUCUUUGCGAGUUUGUUAAAUUAUUUAUAAUACGUUUAAACGUAUACAUCGUAAAGUACUCUGUCGUGCCAAAAGAAGAAAGAAAACGUCCCGAGAAAUCUCAAAUCUAAUGGUAUGGAUAGCGAUCGGACAUCUUUUUCGUGAAACCAAUGUAAACUUUUUUCCGGUAUCGUAUAAUAGGUCUAAGGAUAACAAUACUUGCAUUUGAACACGCAGUAAUAGUUCAAAGAAUGGAGUUUUAGCAUGCAAAAUAUGUAUCUCAUUUUUGUACAUGAUGAAAAGUAGAUUUCUCCUUUUAUGUCACUUAGGCGAGACACGAAACAACCGGUGCUUCGAGCACGUUCACAGAAACAUUUUUUAACAGCGACCUGUGUUUAUGUGGGUGGCUCAUAUCACAGCGACAACACUUUUCUCACGGACAUUCUGUUGAUGUUAUCAUUCUAACGGAAUAGUUUGAAAACAAAUUAGACGUAAUAAGAUCAGCUCAAUGACACUAAGUGGACUGUGUGUUAAAGUAAAACUGUUGUUUAGGUAUUUCAGCCCACUAAAAAGAAACUCAGUAUAUAUGUAUAGAAUUAUCGCCUCCGGCUUAAGAGUUUUACUUAUUACAUACUUUAUGAUUACUGUAUUAAAUAAUUAAAUGUGAGACAGACGUUCUUCUAGAUAAGAUUACUGAAAAGUAUAUAUAUAUAUAUUAAUAUUAGGGCAAACCGAGAGCUGUGUACAUUAAACAGUAGCAACAUUAUUUUCUCCGAUCGUCAUAUUCUCGCAAAACAAUUGUUCUGAUAUCCCGUUUAAAAUUAAUUCGAGGACUUAAAUCUCGAACAGAAUUUUCAAAAGAUAAUACAUUUGAUCGAACCAACCGAUAAAGUUGAAAAUUAACGUUUGCUACAUUUUAAUAGAGUACACGUUCUAGUCUGCAAGUGCAAGAAAGCAAAGUCCAAAAUUAAAAGAAUAGAGGCUCGGUGGUGAUUUUAAUCAAACGAUAGCAAAAGUGUGGUGAGUAUCAGUUGCAAUAAAUUAUGUGAGUCACAAGGCAUAAUUUAGCCGAUCUAUCCGCCAAAAUCGUGUCAAACAUUAUUUCUAUGCAAUAUAUAUUAUCACUACACACGCAUAAUAUAAAUAUAUAUUAUAUAUAUAAUUUAUUAUAAUGAUUAUUGUAUAAAUAAAUAUACAAAAUAAAUCACACUACCCUCAUCAUUAUCAUACCUAUUAAGAAGUGUAAAAUGUAUAAUUUGUAAAAAUGUACUUUGGAAAUAUAGAAUAGUAAUUAAUUUC